AUGCGUGUGCCAUCUAUCCGAGGAUGGGACGUGCGCGUAACGAAGAACAGCAACGGAUCAAGGCGACCGGCCUGCAUCUUUGGACCCUCCUGGCGGGGCGGGGCCAGGGACACGGACUUUGCUAUGGGGCGGAGCUCUGACCACCACCCCCCCACACGGUCCGGGAUACAGCUGACCGUGACGCGCACCUCUGCAAGCGGCCAGGGGUUCCGGCUCCGUUCUUGGCACGCCUUGGAGCGCAAGGGCGCGCAGCGUUGCGCACGGGUCCGCGGGAGAAAGAGGAAGGAUCCGGGGCGCGUCUGGCUGCUGGGAGCCUGUCUCCCGAGGAGGAGGAUCAGCGGCGCCCGCCUCUUCCUCCGACCAGCAGUGCGAGGAUCCGGCGAUCGCGGGCGCAAGAUGCGCGCCUAG